AGGUGGUCCACAAAGUGAUCACAAUAGAAAAGAUUUCACAUGAAUUUGGAUAGAAGGUGUUUGAAUAUCUACCUGCAUGGGCUCUAUGGGUGUCCUGGAGGGCAGGCAGUGUGCCCCCGGUGAUGCGUUGGGCAGACUGCACCACCCUCUGGAGAGCCUUGCGGUUACUGGUGCCGUGUCAGGCAGUGAUACAGCCCGACAGGAUGCUCUCAAUCGUGCACCUGUAAAGGUUUGAGGUUCUUAGGGGCCAAGCCAAAUUUCUUCAGCCUCCUGAGGUACACACUGUUUCUGUGGGUAGACCAUUUCAGAUCAUCAGUGAUGUGUACGCUGAUGAACUUGAAGCUUUCCACCUUCUCCACUGUGGUCCCAUCGAUGUGGAUGCGGACUUUAGAACAACUCAUUGCUCAUCAUUUCACAUUUUUGCUCUUGAUUCCUCAGAUGAAGGCAAUGUGCGCACUCAAAAGAACAAUGUCAUAUGUGAAUACAAGCAACAAUCACACAGAAACCUCCCUCAUCAGCAACGUAACAAGACAUUCAAAUAUAAAAAAUUAUCUUGAUAAUACAUUCUCAACAGAUCCUGAAGUAGAUGGUGUCAAAUUUAAUGGGAUGUUCUACAUUUUAAUCGGUAUUUCUGGGUUUACUGUUACCAUUGUCCUUUUACUGGCCAUUCUGUGGACAAUGAAGUAUCGCACUUUGAUUCACACCAUUCGAGAGCUGCAGGGUGUUGAGGGUCUAUUGGGCAGAGCUCCUCCAUCCAACCCCCCAGCUCUAAGUCCCCUAACCUUGAGGAAGUGUCGAGUGCGUGAGACUAGAAGCCCACUAGAGCUUGUCUCUGUCACUCUGGGACAGGAGUAUCAGAACACUAGCUCGCCCACUCCCCUGCUCAGGCAGACAACCAAGUCAGCUUCUAGGUCUCUCUGGAGAUCGCAGCAAACGGGUUCCUGCUUCAACACAUCAGAGCUGGGCAUGCAGCAACUCAUCAAAGCAGGGAGGGAAGGGGUGUACUACAAGGCUAAGAUAACGCGUGGCACAUGCAAGGGUCACUCCAUUGUCACCUGCAAGAUGACCAAAGAGGGGGUUACCCACAGGAGGGUAGCCAGAGAGGUGAACAUCAUGAGGAAGCUAGGUACCCACAAGAACGUGCUGCAGCUGCUAGACUGGAACAUCACACAGGCUCCUUACAUGCUGAUCCUGGAGUCGGUGAGCAGUGGGACCCUGCGCAGUUUCCUGCAAGUGAAUCAACACCAACUGAGCAGGGACAGUGAUCUGCAAAAGCACUUCACCACAGCAGCAUAUCACAUUGCCCAUGCAAUGAGACACCUGCACUCUAAAAUGGUGGUGCACUGUGACCUAGCCCUGAGGAACAUCAUGGUUAACCAUUUCCCCAGAGAGGUAAAGCUGGCGGAGUUUGGACUGGCCCAAGACCUGACUCUUUUGAGCAGCCGUCGCAGCAGCCACAAAGGAGACCACUUGCAAAAAGUGCCCCUGCGUUGGUAUCCCCCAGAGUACUUCAGAAACAACUACUACAGCUUCAAAGGGGAUGUCUGGGCAUUUGGCAUUGUGCUGUGGGAGAUGCAAACAUUUGGGACCUUACCAUAUCCCAACCUGGAGACUUUAGAGUUGGUGGUGCGCUACAUCUGCUCUGGAUACAGGAACUCAGAACCAGAGACAUGUAGACCAGAGAUACUGCAGAUGAUGAAGGACUGCUGGCUGGAGCCCUACACCCAAAGGCCCUCCUUCAACGACAUAGUCAGUGUCCUGGAGAACAUCCUGGAGGAUGAUGCAGAUUACAUCAAAGUGAACAACAGACUAGCCAAUGUUGGAUAUGGCGACCAAGAUCAAGUCUGCCUUACCCUCCUUCAUGACGACUGAAUAUGUGCAGAGAGGAAGAGGUGAAGCCUCAGUAUAUAGAUCAUCUUUGAUAUGGUUGGUGCAAUGCAGGGCUAUGGGCCAGAAGGUUGAGGAUUCGCUGACAACCACAGAAGAGCUCACUCUCCCUGCCUGUUUCGUUACUUCAAGAUCAAAGCCGGUUGCAGACAGUGAUCAGCUCGGGGGAAUCAGAUUUUCAACAUUCUGAUGCCAAAUCUUCCACCAACAGGUUUAUGUGCCAAUGCACAACCAAUAAACAAAACAUACCGACUUCGGGUCUUCAAUAUCACGGUUUUCAUUUUCAACACAACAACAAAUAUACUGUCUCGACAAACAGAAAACACAUCCCUUCCUACCUUAGGCUUACCAAGUAUCAAAGG